GCAAGGAAAGUUUUCUUAAUUAUUAGCUCCCUGUUGUUUUGUUUGUAUAGAAUAGCCCAUUGAUAAUGCAUAAUACCCGAAACUAUCAUGAAAAUCGUACGAGAAAUUGGUCUAUGUAGUUGCUACCUGCGAGUUCUUCUAAACUAAGGGGUUACUCCUAUGGACUUAGUUAAAUAUUUCAUCUCUUCUCUGUGAAAAUGAUUCUUUAUCAUUAUAGUCCUCAACACAUUUCAGAUUUCUUGCAUCUAUCGAUUAUAAACACUGCGUCGAAAUCAUGAGACUUAUUUUUCUUCCAGUCACCCUUAGCAUCGCGCUAGCGGCUGCUAUUGAACCUCUAGACAGUCAUCCGUGGCAAGCCCCAGGGCCAAAUGACUUCCGUGGGCCAUGCCCAAUGCUUAAUACACUUAGCAAUCACCAAUUCCUACCUCACGAUGGUCGGAAUAUCACUAAGGACAAAGUCAUUAGUGCUAUGGGCUCGGCUCUCAACUUUAAUGAAUCUCUCGCAGCCCUGAUGUUCCAAAUGGCUAUCGUAGCUAAUCCAAGCAAAAAUGCCACGUUUUUUACUCUGGAGCAGCUUCAAGUUCACGGCGUGCUUGAGCACGAUGCAAGUUUGAGCCGCUCAGACGCCUUCUUUGGUAACAACUAUGUCUUCAACGAAUCCAUUUUCAACGAGACCAAAUUAUACUGGACCGGCGAAACCCUUGAUGCGAACAUGCUAGCAAAUAGCAAGGUUGCCCGUCAGAUCAGCUCCAAAGCGUUCAACCCUAACUACACAUUCACGCCUACCGUCGAAAGCUUUAGCCUUGGCGAAGUUUCUGCCCCGAUUAUUGCUUUCGGCGACAUGCAGGCAGCGACUGUCAGGAGGGAUCUGGUCGAAUACUUCUUUGAGAAUGAACGUUUCCCCACAGAGUUGGGAUGGAGUACACGGACUGAAGUCGUCAACAUAGAUGCUAUUUUGAGAUUAUCAGAAAUCAUCGGCAACGCCUCAAGCCUCAUUACAAGCUCCGAGGCAGUCGUUUCAACUCGGCGACGGGAUCUACAUGCUGGAAUCUACUAGUAAAUAUGGCAUUUGAUAGCUGUGUUUUUUAGUAGUAUAGUAUGAUGAAUAUCUAUUAUUGGAGAUACUUUGUAGUUACUUCCUGAUAAGUUAGUUAGGUAGAUUAAUAAUGAUGACUUACUACUCCCUCCGUGGGAAUAGUGUCAUACUGUA